AAAAUGAAUGGAGGAAAUCAGUCUGUAGUCUCAGAAUUUGUACUUCUGGGACUUUGCAAUUCAUGGAAUACUCAGGUCUUACUGUUCCUGAUAUUUUUGAUGCUUUACACGAUUAUUGUAUCUGGAAAUAUUGUCAUCAUGAUUUUAAUUGUUGCUGACGCCCAUCUGCAUUUCCCCAUGUACUUUUUUUUGGCCAAUCUGUCAUUUGUUGACAUGUGGCUUUCCUCAGUGACAACUCCUAAGAUGAUCACAGACUUUCUCAGGGAGAACAAGACCAUUUCCUUCAGAGGUUGCAUGUGUCAGAUCUUCUUCGCCCAUUUCAUAGCAGCGAGUGAGAUGGUUCUCCUGGUGGUAAUGGCCUAUGACCGCUAUGUGGCCAUCUGCAAACCACUGCACUACUCCACCAUCAUGAACUGGCAAAGGUGCACUGGGCUGGUGUUGACUUCCUGGAACAUUGGCCUUAUGCAUGCCUUGAGUCACUUGGUUGUGAUUGUGAAGCUGCCUUUCUGUGGCCCCAGGGAAAUAGACAGCUUCUUCUGUGAUAUACCACUGGUAAUCAAGCUGGUCUGCAUGGAAUCCUAUAAUUUGGACAUUUUAAUGAAUGUCGACUGUGGGUUUGUGGGUGUAACCUGCUUUGUUCUGUUGCUGAUAUCUUACACAUAUAUUCUUCUCACUGUCUGCCAAAGCUCUAAAACUAGUGCUUCCAAAGCCCUGUCCACCUGCACUGCCCAUAUCAUAGUGGUGGUGAUUUUCUUUGUACCCUGCAUCUUCAUCUAUGUGUGCCCACUAAAUAUCACCUGGGUGGACAAAUUUCUGGCUGUGUUUUAUUCUGUUUUUACUCCUCUUCUAAAUCCAGCUAUUUAUACACUGAGAAAUAAAGAGAUGAAAAAUGCUAUGAAAAGACUGAACAUUUACACAGGCUUCCAGGGAAAUACUUAA